UCGGGCUGUCGGUUACGCGAAUGCACUACCUAAGUACCACCAGCCGCCCUGCAGCGGCCGCAUAGUGUUCGUGUGAGCAGCGCAUGUGAGCGUGCGAGUGUCGAGUUCAGUUGCAACCGACAACGACAACGACGACGACGACGACGACGACGACGGUGGUGCACUUCAUAAGCCAUACACCGUCAGCAACCGUUCAGCGAUCCGCACGUGAAACUCGCAUCCGUCGACCGAGCACCGACCGGGCAUCACCGAAGGGAGCAUCAAUCAGUUGCUCUGCGACUGUCCGUGUCCGAGGAGGUCGAGAGCUGAGCGAGCUUUUCGGGGGGCUUUGUGUUGCGCUGCGCCGUUGCGUUGCGUGCCGUGGUGUGUGAGCCGCCGCCGAUGAUGACCCACUGCUAGUGUGUUGUCGUUGGUCAAGGACGCGGUUACUACGUCGGUUAACGGGUUUUUUUUUUGGCGGGGACCUUUUGAAUACACAACACCCAGGGAUCCGGUUCCGACGGCUUAAAGUGAAAGUUUCCGUUACCGUUCUGUUUAUGUGUGUGUGUUUUGCGAGAAGAUUUGCUGACUGUUUUUUGACUGUGAAUUGCUGACUGGCUGACUGGCUGGCUGGCUGGCUGAGAGGAACAGUAUUUGGUGCAUCGGUGCAGGUGGCCAAACGGCCAACCGGUGUUCCGUGGCGAGAGAGAGAAACAGAAUCGAAGAACCAUUCCAAACGUAAACCAUGAAGCAGGAACUGCUGGUGGUCGAUGGAGGAGGUGGAGGUGGAGGUGGCAAGUACGGUGAGGAUGCGACCGAGCGCAAGGACACGGUACAGGAAAUCCUGGCCGCCCAGGAACCGGCCGACUUCUGGCGGGCCGUCACCGUGGACGAGGUGUUCUGUGGGCCCGGGAGCCGCGAAGGCGACAACUACAUGUCGAUCAUCAAACGUGUGGUCGCGCACUGCACCGUCAAGACGCUCGACGGACAGAAUCAUGCAUUCACCAUUUCGCUGAUAUUCAAACGCCAGAUCACGAACCCGCACCGGCGCCAACUGUUCCGCUGCGAUGCUGCCUUCGAGAACGAGAUCACGGCCUACACGAGCAUCAUUCCGGUUCUGCAGCGGUUGGCCCCGUACAAGCUCCCGUACCCCACGUGCCUGACGGCAGGCAGUGACGAUCGGGGUGAUCGGAUUGUGCUGAAGGACCUGACAACCCUCGGUUUCAGUAUGGUCGAUCGACGCAUCGGGCUCAGCUUUGCGCACUGUAGCGCCGUCAUGAAGGAACUGGCGAAGCUUCACGCGACCUCACUGGCACUGAAGCAUGGCCACCCGGCGCAGUACGCGAGCGUAUGCGCCAAGGUGCGUGAGAUCGUGUUUUGUCCGGAGGCGGCCGACUUCUAUACCCAUUCCCUCGAAACAUCGUUGCGUGGUGCGCUGGACAGCUUGCGGUACAGUAACCGAUCCGGUGAGCUGGACCGUCCGAUCAAGGCCAUCGAGCAGGGUCUCUCGUCGGGCCGUCUGUACCGGCUCAUGUCCGGGCUGGUGUGCAAUCUCGUGGACGAAUCGUGGCGUGUCAUCUGCCAUGGUGAUACCUGGGUCAACAAUCUGAUGUUCAGCGCAGACCAGCAGUCGGUGCGGUUGAUCGAUCUACAGACGAUGCGCUGCACGACACCGGUCAUCGACAUUCUCCAUCUGCUGUAUACCAGUACGGGGCGUGAUGUCCGUCAGCAGCAUACCGCCGAUCUGCUGUUGCUGUACCGUCGGGCUCUGCUGGAGGCACUGGAGCAGCAUCUACCUGCCGACCAGAUGCGCCAACCGCGGAUGCGCCACUUCGAACAGCAAUUCUCGUAUGGCCGAUUGAGGGCCGAGUACGAUCGAUGUCUACCGUACGGGCUCGGCAUUGCCAUGUGGUUGCUACCGGCCGUCACCUUCAAUCCGGACCAGAUCCUCGACCUGGACGGUGUCACCAUUAGCGACUUUAAGUCGAACAACCACGAGAAGCGCAUCGCCCAGCUGGUGUCGGUCGAUUACCACACGCGCAUGCGUGACAUCGCACUUGAACUGUACGAUCAGGGCACUCUCCAGCGGCUCACCACUAUCUACCACUAAGCAGGGAUUAGUGCGGACCAUCGGAGCAAUGUGUGUGCGAAUCGUCCGGAUGUGUGUCCGGCCUGCAAAACCCACGGAAUCCAUCGUGAAGCCGCUAGGCGGGACUUUGAAGAAUGGGUUCAAGGUUGGACGUUGAUUUGUUUUUCUCCCGUUCGCUUGCUGCUUGUUGCUGGUCCCUGGGGGAGGGGGGGAGGCUUAGUGCCGCAAGCGGCUAGCAUCCACCUUUUAGCGAUAGCGCCUUGUGUCGUCGAGCAUCAUCAUCAUCCGACGCCACAACCACCACCACCGCCGUUCUUGGCUAUGUUUACUAGCGAUCGAGUGCGAUCGAAAACAACGCAAUGGCGAAUAGAAAUAGUUUCCCAAGACCGCACGCACGCAAUAUAGUACAUAAGAGAGAAAGAGAGUGCAGUGGUCAACGCGUUUAUUGCGCGAUGGCCACCCAGUUGGCAUGGGAGCUCCCCAGAUUAUGCAAGUCGCCGGUGUGCGCGUACCGGUCUAAUCCAUACCAAUAACCACUAAGCACUAGAGAGAGAGACCGGUAGAGAGGGAAAGGAAGCGCUAAGUAGCUAAGGGAUCCAUAGGAUGUAGGAGAACCACUAAUCAGACUAAUAUUUGUAGCGAUAAGAACCGGUAGGUAGGAGCGGGAGGCUGGCAAAGGUUUGAGUGACUUGGCCUGAUUAGGAGUUUCGCUUUUAACCAUAAACAGACAGACACCGACAGACAGGGACGACGCUUCCGUAAAAUAACCCCGAAAGCACUAGCUAUAGAGCUGUUCGUGUGCCAUUCUUCUCACAGACCUCCUUCUCCACGUCCAUCAGGGCACGGAGCGGGAGUUGGAAAGUAGUUCAUUACAAUAAGAUUACGGUUUGUGUUUCAUUACCACCGGAAAGUCGGUCAGCUCAUACGCGGUCCCUAUCAGCAGGAGCCGCUUGUGUCGAGCGCUGAGCCAUGCACAAACCGCGACACAUAGCCCCUGGCAUCUCCUCCCCCCAGGGUACAUCUACACAGCUCGCUUUUAGGUCCCGUUAGUGGAACACUUCAAGAAGAGAGGCUGUGUAAUGCGAUAGUGCGCGGGAACCGCGAUGGCGAAGGAAUUCGCAAGGCAAGCGAAUGGAACGCUGCUCACGUUGUUACCAUUAGAAAGUUGUGGAGAAUCGGAUUCUAGGAAUCGCACGAGAACAUAAGCAUAUUUGUACCUGCACUACAGAAGGAAAGAGUUCAAACCUACCGUUACCC